ACAUGGCAGCCCACGUGCGAGUGGAAGUCGGUGUUUGUUGUCUGUUGAUUUUGUCUUUUUUAUCAAUAUCCGCGGAUGUUUUGGUAGACGAUGAAUUUGAAGGAGUUACAACUUUCACCGUAGAGCACUCCUUUGAUCUGGGACCCAACCCAGAAUUCACAAAGCGUGGCUCAGUGACAGUGAAGUCUUUGAAAGGAGGCAGAGCACAGUUUUCCAAACCAGUCAGUCUGUCUUCAGAAGAAAGGUCUAGAUUACGGGAUUCAGUGAGUAAAAACGGCUUGUACAGAAUCCGGAUUCCACUGAGAAAACCAGAUCCUUCACUUUCAAUACAACAUGUGUCUACAGCAACAAAAGCUUGUGCACUUUUUGAAUCUCGGCUGUCUGACCACUUGACCAUUAACGUUGAUCAGGCAGGGGAGAUAUUAGGGGUAUCCAUGGUAACUUACCCUGGUCUGUGCACUGGUCAAGCGGUCAAUGAUAGUGGACUGGAGCAGUUCAACAGUACUGUGGAAAUAGUACAGCCUGUGAAUGGACCUACGCCAGAUACUCAAAACUACAUAGAAAAAAUGAAGAAGGAAGAGCAGGAAAAAAUAAAAGGAGCCCAAGGAGAUAAUAGAUCUUUCUUUGCUAAAUAUUGGAUGUACAUAGUACCAGUGUUUAUCUUCAUGCUUAUAGCCUCUGGAACAGAACAGAAUGCAGGAGGAAGAUGAUGUUACUCUAACAGAACACAUCUAGAUGUACAUUACUGUUGUUUUUCUUUUCAACUCUUUUCUACAUGAAAGCCAUGUGGACAGGUCAUUUAUGCUCUUUAUAUUGAUAUUGCAAUUAAUGUGGAAAAGUCAAGCUUAGGUGUCAAGAUUGGUCAAAAUUAACUAUGGCUCAUAUUCAUCUAUUCCAGAGGGAAAAACUAGAGAUACAGGUUACAAAGAUUGAAGGGGAAAAAAAUAAUAAUAUGUAUAAAUAUUGUAGAUGUGCAUAAUUUUGUGACGUAUAUAUUGUGAAUUUUUUGUUAAACUAUAAAUUUUAAAUAUGUACGAUAGCAGUGUUAUGCGUUGUACAUUUUUGCUGAAAGAAUACACAUGUAUUUGAUACUUAACUAUUUCAAACUAGACACUAAAUUAAUUGUAUUCACAUAACCCUGAAAUUUGAAAGUGUUGUAAAUAGUUAAACAUAAACAUUUAAUAAAAUUAUUGGUUGA